AUGCAGAUCUUCCUCUUUCUCUUGCAGUUCUCCCUGCCCGUCCUCGUGGUCGCGAAUGGUGGGCAGGCUCCCAUGCAUGCAGACCCCGAAGAGCAGGUCUCAUUCCAUGCCGAUGACACAUCGCCCAGCGCCCUUCCCACCACCGCCAUCUCUCCCAUGCCAGCUGCGCUAUCCGAACUCCCGGACGCAACCCACCAGCACCAUCUGGACGCCGACGCCGACGCCGACCCUUUCGAUGACGACCUAGAGCUGGGAGAAGAGGAUCUGGAGGAGGGGGAUUUUGACGAUUUUGACGAUCUAGAGGAUCUGGAGGAGGAGCUGGAAGAGGAGGAGGAGAACACCAUCGUCAUCACCAGCGCCGCUCCCCUCGCCCAGGUGCUCACGCUGCUCGUCAGACCCAUCGCGGCCUCGGGGUCGACGACUCGAGAUAUGAGAACAGUGACAGCCUCGAGCACCGUCGGCCGGAUGGAGGGCGCCGAGGCGACGAGCAUGGCGAUCCGCGGGGGCGGGUGGAGGGAGGAUGCUGCUGCCACGGCGACGACGACGAUGGAGGAGUAUCUGGAUGAGGCUGAGCAGACGGCAGAGCCGGAAUUGUAG